UGUCUUGAAGGCAGGACGUUUAAUAGUGUUUUAAUUGUGUCAUGUGGAGUUUCAUGUCCCAGGACACCGCUGUGUUUCUGGAAGGAAUGCAUUUACGUAUGCUGUCCUGGCCCUGUGGAUUCCCACUUCAACAGUAAGAAGUGUCGCAUUUCAGCAUCUGGUUUUCAUAGCCAAUACAGGAUGUUGUUGAAGUCCAAUAAAGCAACAGUACUUUAAAAAAUGACACAGAAUUGGUCUGGACAACAACUUUUUGUUGGGGAGUGGACAGCUGUGUAAAUGCCUUUUUAUUUGUGGUUGUUCCGAUGCCAAAGAGGGCAGUCCCAUCCCACAGGACACGUGAGAUAAUGACCACCUCAUAGAAAGGUGCCCAUCUGUACACACUUCUACAUGUGGAGCUGCAAAGACCAAAAUGAUCUGGAUAACUCUAUUUUUGUUUCAUAUUUUUCCUCAUCUUUUUGCAUCAUCAGACCUACUUAUGAAUACCAGGAACAUUCAUCACGAUGAACCAGUAAUAUUAAAUGAACAAUCUGAGGACGUGUCUUUUCAAGGCCAAAAAGAAUAUAACAGCGGUACUGGCAAAGACAAGUGCACAAUGCCAUGUGAAAUGACUGCAAAGCUAAUGCGUGAUGAGAAGCAUUCCCUGUGCAGUAUCCUCCAACAUACCAUGGUAUCAUAUACAAGAAGCACCAGAAAGUUGAUUAGAGAUCUCAUUGAUGAACAGCAGAAGACCUUGGAGAUCCUCUCAAGUCAGAUGAUUGAACUUAUGACCAAAGUAAACACACUGAGUUUAGAUGUGCAGAGAAGCAACAGUGACAUCUUUUCCAUUCAGCCUAUGCAGUCCCACGGGAGAGAUUGUAGUGACAUCAAAGAGACACUAGGGGCAGUAUCUCCGAAAAUCCCUAGUGGAAUUUACAUCAUUCAGCCAGAAAACACAGAUGUUUCAUUUGAGGUGUUCUGUGAGAUGGACUACAUGGAAGGUGGAUGGACAGUAAUCCAAAGAAGAACAGAUGGUCUCACUGACUUCAAAAAAGUGUGGUCGGAGUACUUGGAUGGAUUUGGACACUUACCAGGUGAACAUUGGUUGGGUCUGAGAAAGGUCUUGUAUAUUUUGAAUCAGAGGAACACACGUUUCCAGCUGCAUGUGUCUCUGGUCUCGCAAGAUGAUUCCACAGCCUAUGCUUCGUAUGACAAUUUCUGGCUUGAGGAUGAAACCAAAUUCUUCGCAUUACACCUUGGCAGAUAUGCCGGUAGUGCAGGGGAUGCAUUCAGAGGAUACGACCAAGAGCAUAACCAGGAAACGGCUCCAUUCAGUACCUCCGAUGUUGACAAUGAUGGCUGUAGUCCGUUUUGCACUUUUGAUGAGAAAGCCGUUGAGAGCUGCAGCGUGCAUCAGAACAACACAGGAUGGUGGUUUAACCAGUGUGGCAAGGCAAAUUUAAAUGGCUCACAAAUGGACCAUGAUUACUCCAACCAGUCACAUAUUCGCUGGGAUACCUGGACAAAGAACGGCAUACCUGUCAAAAUCAAAUCGGUGACCAUGAAGAUCAGGAGGGUUGAGGUCCCGAACUCAAAAUAAAUCACAAGGGAUGAUCGUUGUUCAAGAAUGCACUUUUCUUUUCUUUUUAUAAAAAUAAAACCUCUGGUAUUGCGAUGUGUCAAGGUCCUAUAUUUACAAAGCCACAAUAUUUGAAGAGUUUGGUUCGAAAACGCAAUAAACGGCAUUUUUAAAAAAAGUUACGGUAUUGUAUCUAGUUGGUAUUAUAAAGUAAAUAAAUUAUUUUACGCAAAAUUCGAUAUCCGCUGUGCUAUUUGGUCAUCUUUUCUGCCUUUUUUUCUAAACCGCGACAAACGCCAGUCAUUCUCUGCAGAAUGCAAUAAAUCCGCUUAACCAAUCACAGCGCACCAUUCCACACAUUGUAAACAAUGAUGGUGGUGCAUUAAAUACACACAGAAUCCUACUUUUCCUCAUCUACUUUGGACUUCGUGAUCAACAGUCAAACAAAAACAAAAUAAUACUUUUGAUGGCAUUGAUAAAUUUUUUGUUGCGGGAAAGAAACAUAAGCCAUCAAAAUCGAAAAAUGUACACGAGAGGCACUCCGGCGAAGAAAAAUGCUGGCUGUUGCUUGUUCUCACACAACAACAUCAAGCUUCUGUCAUGCUAACACAUUGACUUUGAUCUUAUGAAAAACGUUCCAAUAUUUUACGCGAAGUAAAAAAAAAUGAACAAAACCAAAAUAUUUUACAGCUGAUCGCUUAAAAAAAUAUUUAUUUAUUAUCAGUGUAUACCACUAGGCAACUAAAUGAAUAUAACAUGGCAAAGAUGAAUGCACAUUUAUAUAUUGAUUCAAUAGAUUAAUAGUAUUUAGAAAAAAAAUUAUGAUUUUAUUGCAUUUUGCGAAAAAAUAAUCAGUUUUUUAAAUAAUAAAUCUUUGAAAAUCAAAUUAUGGAUUUGAAUAUUUAUAUUAUUAUAACCUAAAGAUGCUAUGUGAAAUUUUGUCACUUUCUUGUUAUAGAAAACAAAUUUUUACCGAAAUUAGUCAAAAUGGAUUUAUUGCUUUUUGGAACCAAACUUUUCAUUUAUGUGUCAUAAUUAUGAAUAAAGGGCUGUUGUUUAUCUACUAAAAUGUUAUCUUUUAAAGCUACUAGAUUAAAAAAAAAUAUCUACAGCUGUAAA